AUGAGUUACCGACUUGUCCUUUCUCUUGCAUUGCCAGUCCUCUUGUCCUCUUCAACAAGUAAUGGUACUAUAGCUUUCUGCAGCUUGUUCACGUGCCACCAAUGUGGUGCACUACUCAAAUUCCAACAUAGUCCAGUGUCCAUUGAGGAGAAGAUCAUGAAGCUUCGACCGGUAGCCUACGAGCACCCGUCGGAGGUGUCCGAGCAACGAGACAGCAAGGGAGAAAACGAGGAAGACCAGAUGCCAAGACUUACAGAAAAAACAGACGCUGGAGAGACCGCAGAUGCAGAUGAAGAGGAAGAAGCAGCACAUAUGGCAGCUAGGUCCUCACUAAGUCAACAGCAACAGCAGCAAAAGACGCCGGCUAUUGUCCCCGAGAUUGUGUGGGAACGACAACGUCUGGACUACAGCAGUGAUGUUGGUGUUUGGGUGCCUGCUGAAUUCGACCUCGUAAAUAGGAUUGCAGCUUACACGAGCUGCAAUUGUGGAGAUAUUGGACAAAAUAUUGCCGAUGUGGUGCCGGCGCGACUACUGAACAAGCCGCACUUGUGGAUAUCGGACUGGGAGGUGGAUUACUCCCUCCCGCACUGCGAUGAAGAAAGGUGGGUAUAUGCAUCCUCGCACGUAGAUUUUGGCAAGCUGGAGGAGCCUCAUGUGCAUCGAGAGGAGGCAGUGAAAGGUGGUGAGCUCAGUAGAACUGCCAAAAAGACUGAAAGGAACUACUGGACUGCAGCACGGUUCUACACAAAAAGUGGUUGCCUACUUGUCAUGACUGUGAAGGAAGGUGCUGUCCCGAUUUACUCAAGUAUUGAACGAACUGGAGGAGGAUCGAGCUCAAUACGAGGAUUUUAUGGCUCAAAUCUGCAGACAAAGGGCGGGCAUCAGCACGAACAUUGUGCGAUGAUGGAGAUUACGAUACCGAUGAGUGGCACAUUGACCCAGAGCUUUGCGCUUUGGAGGAGGAAGAGCGGCAACUAA